GUCACUGUCAAGUUGUCAAACAUCGUUCAAUAUCAAUAUGGCCUUUCGGUACUUCGAACGUCGAUAUCGCUAAUUUUGAUAGUUUUCUUAUGUUUUAUAUAAAAUUUAUCUUGUUUCAAAAUGGGUGAGAAGGACGGUCCCAUCUUAUACGUAUUGGUAAUCGGUUUUCAUCAUAAAAGAGGAUGUCAGGUGGAAUAUUCUUUCCCUGAGCUAGUUCCGGGACAUCCUAACGAGUGUCCUCCAGGAUGGAAAUAUCUACCAACGCUGGCAUUACCUGAUGGGUCUCAUAAUUACGACGAAGAUACAGUAUUUUUUCAUUUACCAAGUUUAACAAAACCAAUGCAAACUGUGUAUGGUAUUUCUUGUUUUCGUCAGAUACCAGUUGAGAAAAUCAAAAAUAAAACUUCAGACAUAACAAGAGGUACAGUGCAAAAAUCUGUCUGUGUACUUAGCAAAGUUCCUUUAUAUGGACAAAUACAAGUCAAAAUGUGUUUGAUAACACAUGCCUAUUUUGAUGAAGGAGACUUCAGUCAAGUGUCUAUAUUGAAAGAUACUUAUCAUCAUUUGAAUGCUGUUAUGACACAAAGUGAUGCUAUUCAGCAACCAUUUGUAGGAUUAUCUGCUCGUGAUUUUAUACUGCAGUGGAAGCACAAAGCUCUAUUGUUAUUUAAGCUGCUACUUCUAGAGAAAAGAGUAAUUUUCUACAAAUCACCAGUGCAUCCAUUAUGUUCCUCAAUUUUAACUUUAAUAUCCCUGUUUCCGGAUAUGAUCGAGACCGGAUUAAAUAAUUCAGCAUGCAUAAGGUUAUCAAGACCUAUGUCUCCCAUGCCAGAAUAUUCCGAUGAAGAUUCCAGUCCUGUCAAACUAAACAAUAUUAAAAAUAUUCCUUGCCUCAAAGGUAGUAGAAUAAAAGAGGAAACUGACGUUAUUCAAAACGUGGAAAUAGCCAAAGAAUCAAAAAUUGUUCAAGAUAUAGAAAAAAACGAAAAGACAAACGAUGUGGUAAACUCCAACGGUAAUCAAAUUGAGGAUAAUUUGGUUAAUGAUAAUCAAACUGAAGUUGGAUUGGAAUUAACAGAAUCGAUGAGUCAAACAAAGGUAUGUUUAGAAGACGAAGACGAAGCCAUAAAUGGACACGAUGGAAAAACUGGCACUCUUCAUAGGGAUCUAAGUUCGGAUACAAUAUCUGAUGUAGCACAUAAUAAUUUAACUUAUUUAACGCACCUCAGCACGGAAAGUUGUGGAUUUCCAUUAGCUAUUUUCACUAAAGGAGCUCUGUGCUUGCCAUAUUUAUCCUUGCCGUAUUUGGAUCUUCUUGUCGAUGUCAACGUACGGAGUUACGUAGUAGGAGCAACUAACGUUUUGUUUAAGCAAAAAAGGCAGCUUUAUGAUAUACUGGUAGAUAUAGAUGGGAAUAGAAUAGAAUGCCAGGAUUUGAAUUUAAGAAAAUAUUUACAUUUGACAACCGAGGAUCUCAGGUUCGCCGACUACAUUGUGAAACAUGUAUCGGAAGAACGGCACGACGUGUUCUUGGAUGGUGUUGGCUGGGAGGGUGGGGAUGAAUGGAUAAGGACACAGUUUAGGGUGUAUUUGCUGUGUUUGUUAAGGACGUCUAUGUUGCAAGAUGGUUCCCGAGAGAUUGAUCAUUUUAAUUCAAGUUUUAUAACCGCAUGGAGAGAUUCGCACAAUUACAAAAUUUGGUUGAGUGGAAUCAAUCCAGGGAUAUUAGACGUUCACCCUGGCCACCCGUUUGCCGGUCAACUGUCAGUUGCAGAUAUGAAGCUAAGAUUUUCACAUACGAUGCAGAAUACUGAAAGUGGUAGGAAAUUGAAUCAAGCGAUGGCAUCUACUGGAAAAGCCGUAGUGACGACAGGUAAAGCUGUAGGUGGAGCUCUAUCCCACGCUAAAGGAGCCUUAUCAUCGUGGUGGAGUAAUUUUAUGGUAAAUCCCGAUCAGGGACAAAAAGCACUAGAAAACCAGAGCCAGGAAGAAUCCGCAGACACAAAUAAUUUGACUGAUAGCUUAACGAACAUUCCUUCAAGUAUUAAUAGUGAUAAGGAGAACAAUAAAAUCGAAACUAAUCAAACAGAAGUUAACAAAUCCGAAAAUGAGUCAGAUAUUAAAAAUGUUAGCAAUGGCAGUGUAAUAUGUAACGAAAAAAGUAGAAUAAAUCACGAAAUGGAGGAUAAUCAUAUCCCUGGAGAAGUACACACAGUUUAGAACGUUUUUUCAACCAUAUGGAAUCUUCCGAAUCUACAACUUCAGAUAAGACUAAUCAGUUCGAUAUCAAACCUUAUUUGUUUCUAUCCAAGUCACAGAAAAAUUUAUAUGUGGUUUUGGUAUUUCAAAAGAGUAAAUGUUUUCUAAAUAUUUUUUUAUAUUCUGCAAAUAUGUUACGCAAAAUUUGUUAAUCUAUAAUGUUUAGUUUCAGGCUGACGCUUAUUUUGAUGAAUCGGUUUAUUAUAGGUUUGUUCCUACACACAAUUUUGUACCGUUGAGAAGUAGUCACGAAACUGCUUGAGCCGUUUUUAUGUGCAUGUUGCAUCAUUUGUACCAUCCAGUGACGGCAAUUCAAAAACCGAUCCUAGAGCGCAAGUCAGGCCAACCAGUACUUGCAUUUAUCCGUGUAUAGCACAACCACUGGUUGUGCUGUAAAACUGGUUGUGCUGUACUGAAAUGAUCGUCACGAAACUGUUACUAAACGAUCACAAUUUUUGUUGGAACAAUCGGGAGGAUGAUGCGAUGAACGAUCAUCUGUUUGUUGGAACAUGUUUUGUUUACUGCGCAGGUGUGACCGUUACAUGACGGUUUUUCGUUGUGUUGGAACAAACCUAAUAAUUCAUAAACAAAUGAAGAAAAUUGUGACAGUUUGAAUUAUUUGUGAAUUACGAAUUUUUUAUAUCUGAAUUUGAAGGUAUACUUAUCUUCAUUGAAUGGUGUAGAUGCAGAAUUCACAUUCUCCAUGUUUCUCAACUUUCGGAAAAAUGAGAAAAACUGUUUACUAUUGAAGGCCAUGGUAUAGUCCUUCAAUUUUUUUUUUGUGUAACAACUUUGCAGUAAUAGAAACUGUUUGCAUAAUAUUUAUGGGUGUAUUUAAUGGAGAUUGUUUUGUAAACUUAAUUUAAAAUUCAGACCAUGUGAGUUUUGUACCAAAAUGUGGUUAACUGUGAGUUUUGCACCAAAAUCUCAUGGAUAAUGUUAGUUAUGAUGCAAAAUAUUUGAAUUUUGCUUUAGACUGUAGACUACUAACAACUAACCUUGCUAAUUCAGAUUUGUGUCGUUUCCACUUCUCGUGACUUACUUAUUUUCUUUUUCCUUGUUUGACCAGUCGAGGGCUCUACUAGUUCAUCCAUUAUGCACCAGUAAUUUAGUUUAUUAACUAGUAAUAAAAGUCGUAUUAUUUAAAUCACAAUCAUAAAAGCGUUAAUCAACCUUAACAAGCACAUGAAAAUGCAACAAGUGAGGUGAGGUUCAAAAAACCGUUGACAAAACAUCACCAGAGUGACGACAAUCACGUGAUGCGCCCUACGCACUCUGAUUGGUCGAAUUGGAGAAUGUUGGUUUUGCUGCAAAUCAUUUGUUGGAUAAUGUGAUUUAUGUUUCAGAACUUCAUUUUCAGUAUGGUUUUUAGAUGUGAAAAUGUGAGUUUGGGUUCAAAAUAUUAUCACGGUUCGAUUCGCCUUGAAAAGACGAAUUCAUUGAUAUACAUAACUGAAAAUAUGAAAAUUUGGAGAAUGUGAAUUUUACAUCUACACAGUUCAAUAUGGUUUUAAAUAUACAGUGGUGGAAAUUUAUUAGUCUUCAUUCUAAUGAAAAAUAAUAGUUUGUUUUAAUAUCAAAAGGUUAUUACAACUUCAUAACUAAAUUUUGCUUAAUACUUUUUCUUGAGUUAUGUUAAACUAUUAUGUUAACUUAUAAAUCCGGUUUGGUUCUCACUUUAAAAAAGUUGUGAUGAGUUUUCCACGAAAAGUGCUUAAUUUUUUGGCUAUUUCACUUUGAAAUUUCGAUUUGAAAUUUGACGAAUAAUCUAUUUUUCAUUAGCCAGAACUCUACUGUACUGGGUAUACAGACUUCGUACAUACACCAUUUUUUUUAAAUUGUUUAUAAGCUAUAUUUUUGCUAAGAAUAUUUUUUCGAUAAAAUACUUACACUUUUUGAGUUUUUUGCGAAAAACCGUCUAAAAACGUGUUUUUUUUGUUGUUGAAAAAUUAACAUAUUCACUCGCAAAUAACUCGAAAAGUAUUGACUUUGUAAUAAAACUCUAUCGAACAAAAGUUGCUUAGAAUUAGUCAGUUUAUCCACUUUCCGACUUAUUUUGAACGUAUUUUUUUACCCUCGAGAAGAAGUGGUACUCCACCAUGGCAAAAACACACAUCAGCGCAAUAUCCUUUUUUUCUUUGACAUGUUAGCCAGUUCGUACAAUAUAGAUACCGUUGCACGUCAUUAUCUACGUCAGAGAUCUAAGUUGACAUUGUUGCCCAAUUACAAAAAAUUCUUGAAUUCAUUUUAAAUCAAAUAUAUCACAUAAUUAUUGCGAAGUGGAUUGUACAACAAAACAAAUUAAUAUUCAAUGUAAAUAAAUAAAAACGUUAUAAAUAGAUAACAAGAAUUAAGUUUUAACGUUAUAAUCUUACGUUAAGGUAAAUAAUAAAAACUAAAUAUAAUAAAACAAAUACUUAGUAAUGUUUCAAAACCUCGUGAACCUCGUAAAUACGCAUGCCCGAAAAAGUAAAUGGAACCUAAAAACAUUCACCAUUUUAAUUUCAUAGGAAAUUAGGCGACAGGGUAGGAUUUGGACCUGCUAACGGCCGGUUUCACAAAGUAAAGUUAACUUGUGGUUAAGAGAUAACCUGAAAAUACCCCAAAAUAUGCGUUUCAGUUUCAUAAUUGUUACCCUUCUGGGUAUACCCAUAAGGGUAACCCACUCCAACCUCUGGUUAAAAAUUCUUUGAGUUAACCAUACUUCGCCGUUGACCUGAAACUAAAACGCAUAUUUUGGGGUAACAUCUGGUUAUCUCUUAACCAAAAGUUAACUUUACUUUGUGAAACCGGCCGUAAAUGAUGUCGAGUAUUUCCAAUAAACAUGACAUAUUAUGUUUUUAUUUUUAUGUUUUUAUUAAUUUUAAACAAAUUAGUUAGUCAUCGCAUUUUUAUUUUAUAUCACAUUGAAAGAUGUAAUAAAAAUUUACGACUUCGUGUCUUCACUGACGAUAAAAAUUGCUGUGUAAAAAUGUAAAAUAUUUACAUUGCACUAAUUUGGCUUAUAAAUAAACCUUUUAAGAACUGAAAAAAAUCUAGAGGACAAAUAAAUACAUAAAAAAUCAAUGUAUGAUAGAAAAAUAAUAGGAUUUUGGUUUUAAAUUCAGCAAAAUAUGUUUAUAGGAGACGAAAACUCAGAAUUCCUUGGGAAAAAUAUGCCCAUGAAAUUUUUUGCAUAAUAAUCACUUUCAUAAAAUACCGCAGAAUAAUGUUCAAGAGGUCGCCCAUACAAAAAGUGGUCCUAAUUUAUUGAACAGUUUUGUAUAAAUCCAUUUUUUAGGUUGUGAUAAGGGCCUCAAACAGCUAAAAACAAUGUUUUAAAAUCAAAUAAGCCCAAACAAAAGUAUCAGAAACUGAUAGAACAAGGUUUGGUGAAUUCAGAAAUAAUUGUGUGUUUUUGAGCCUUAAAAAUCAUCAUUUUUCGUUUUUUUUUUUCAGUUUUCAAUUGUUUAUGUUGAAAACGAUAAACUUUAGAGAAAUAUUACAAUUAACCUUUUUUAUUCAGAAUGAUUCAAAAUACCGAAAAAACAUUUGUCCGGGCAGAUGAAAUUGAUUUAUACAAUUUGUUUAAAAACAAUUAUUGUUUAAAUAAAUUAGAACCACUUCUGCUGGUAUUAUGUUUUAAGGCGAAAUAAGUUAAAUACAAAGUUAUCAAUUAAUAAUCACAAAAAAAAUAUAAAAGCUAUUUCACUAACGCAAAAACUAGUUCGUCUCUGUCUCGCUACGAUAACGCACUGAAGUGAACUACAUGUUUUUAGGAAUGCCCGAUAUCAUUGUUUUGUUCGUAGAUCGACGUCACUAAAUGAUUACGUCAGGUCCACGACAUUAUGAAUUACCAAUACACACAAAUAGUAAAGAAUAAAAACAAAAUCUAGAGUGUCAAUACCGCAACUGUCAAAUAAAUGUUACCAAUUUAUGACCAAAUGUCACCUUUGUUCGAUCGAAGUUACAGUGUAAUCCGACCAAGUGUGCUUUAUGAAAACGCUUUAUAUUCAAUGAACUGUCAAUACGGAUGGAAUAGGCACGAAGAAAAUUAAUGCGGCCACGAUCCUAGAGAGAGACAGACAAUGUGCUGGAAAAUUUGACAAGCCGUGUAAUUUCAGUUGCCUAUAUCAACUUAAAUGGGGGAAAUGGACCUCAUAUUUUUUAAAUUUUAUUAACUUAAUUAAUUUUUAAAUACUGCCUAUCAGCCCUGAUACCAGGUUAAAAAAAUAUGAGGUCCAUUUCCCCGAUUUAAGUUGAUAUAGGCAACUGAAAUUACACGGCCUGUCAAAUUUUCCAGCACAUUCUCUGUCUCUCUCUAGGACCUCUCUCUUGUAUGUUGGUGGUAAUCUCGCUUACUAUUUGAAUGGGACAGGGCCAUUCCAUCCGUAUAUUGACAGUUCAUUGUUUAUAUUCCAUUUAUACAAAUUAAAUGAAACAAGUUAGGAUAUGUUUCUUUAAAUUUACAUUGAUAGACAUCUUCCAGUAUUAUUUCUACGCGUUUAUAAUAAAAUGUGUCUAGUGGCUGUAAUUCCAGUGUACUUAGCUAAACGAUUCUAAAAAGGAACACACCUACGACUUAAAUAUUUCGUGUUGGCAUCAUGUGACGUCACGUGCUAUGACGCGGAUGACGUGCAACGGUAUCUAUAUUGUACGGACUGUAUGUAUAUGUCAAAUUUCAUGUCGUUGUUCUGAAGCUAUUUCCUUGUGGCAUUUUUAUAAUUAACUAUUUAGAUGGGAAAUAAGCCACAAUUAAAUUGAAAAAAAUAAUUGUAUUAAAAUUUCAUGUCAAUUCAAACAAUUCUUUUAAAUUUCAGAGGUUUUGCAGUAUUUUACCGUGAGUGAAUGGACUAUAAUCGCAAACAAUUAUUCUUAUUGAAAUUGAAUCCUAUUGAUGAUCACCACAGUAUUUUAAAAACUAAACGUUCUAUUACUGUUUCUUCCCUGUUCAACGUGAAACAGAAAAAAUAACUCGUUGCUUUAUUUUUAGUUGAAAGUUUAUAUAUUUUUUAAGAUUUUAUUUAUCUAAGCUUAAAUUUUAUUUAUUUAAAAUAUGUUUGUAAAGUAGAUUUUUUAUAAAAGUAGUUAAAGUUAUUAGUUUUAUACCGUUAGAGUUGGCAAAGUAAACAUAUGUGGAACAGUUUAAA